ACAACAAUAACAUAAAUCUAGAAUAGAUUGAAGAGAGAUAUGAGUGUUAGGACUUACAAUCCUUCAGUUCGUGUAGGAAACUGGAACGAGGACUUGUGCCUCGAAGAAGAUUUAUUGAAGGAUUUUCUUGACAAGAAGGAAAAAGGUGAAUUACAUAUACAGAAAGCACACAAUCUCCUUCAGACUGUCCUUAAAAAGGUUGAGUUGUCUCCUCUCUCAAGCGAUGGCUACCUCAGGAUUGGUGAUAAAGUUAAUUUGAAGCACAUACCAACUAAUAGUGUGGUAUCUGCUUUCAUGUCAGCUUUACAAUCACAUGAAGCUACUCAACUAAUGCCAGACAGUCAAGUCACUGGAUCAUCUUUUCUUCAGUCAUGCCCACGUAAUAUCUUUGUGAUUGGCAGUCCAUAUCCUGAUGUACCAGUUGGUGCUUUGGUAGGAUAUGAAGAUCACAUUACAUUGCAAACACUGCCAAAUGAAGGUGGACAGCUGUAUCUGCACAGUGAUCGUGUUACAUUCAAUAAACACUCAAAACAUUCGAGAGAAUGUGAGGUGACCCUUGUCAGUGACCUAAGCUAUUUCACUCACUGGUCAUUUCGUAAUCCUAAUCACAGUGAAAGACUAGAAACUGAGGGAGAGCCUGUACCAGCGAACAAACUUGUACUGAUCAAUCACUGUAAGACGAAUCAUAACUUGGCACUCAAUGCAGAGUAUCGUCACAAGACACCUUAUGGAUUGGAGUAUGAGAUAACUGCUUGUACAAAAUUUAACAAACACAAAGUUGAGGACACAAAUAAUCAAUUUAUGAUAGUCACAGGAGAGGAAAAGAUUAAAAUAGGAGAAGGAGAGACAGAAGAUACUUCUAAAAGCGAAUAAAACAAUUAAAUAAAAAUAUUAAAAAAUAUUGUUAUUGUAACUAUUUUUCCCGGAAAUAAGGACACUAAAAAGAGAAAAAACUUAUCGUUAACAGUGAUGUUUUUGUUAAUUUUAUGUUUGUGUAAUAUUUUACUGAAAAACUUA